AUGUUGUACAAAGGGCAAAGAAAGAAGAGACUGUCUCUUGAGCCAGACUUCUGGGAUAUAAUCAACAGCAGCACCAGCAGCAGCAGCAGCAGCAGCAGCAAUAGCAGCAGCAGCAGCAGCAGCAGCAGCAGCGACAGCAGCGAAGCAGCAGCCAUUGAAAAAAUGUUAGAAGAAAAUGUCUUCCCUGAGCUGCAUGCAUUUUUUGUGCCUCUUAGUGAGGAGCAGCAGCAGCAGCAGGAGCCGCAGCAGCAGCAGCAGCAGCAACAGCAGCAGCAACAGCAGCAGCAGCAGCAGCAGCAGCAGCUUGCAGCAACAAAUAAGAUGCUUAAAGAAAAAUCCCUCCCUACUGUUGUUACAUACAAUACCUUCCAAGAAGAAGUAUUGGAUGCAGCAGCAGCAGGAAGAAGGGUUUUGCUGCAGGUACAAGAAGAUGGUUGUUUUCUUUGCUUCUUAUUGCGCCCUUUUGUUAACUCUCUUUCCCAAUUAUUAGCUGAAGAAAAUAUUCCUAUAGAAAUAAAGAGAAUAAACAUCGCAAGAAAUGAUUUCCCUCCUGGCUGUCCCGUCGUAAGGGCAACCCCUACCUUUAUUCUCUAUCAUAAAGAUGGAUUUGAUCGUUGGGAGGAAUUCCGUCCUAAUGACUUAGCCAAUAAAAUCACCAAGGAGCUGUCGCUAUCCAAGGAGUUGCAGCAGAAGCUAGAUGGCUACGUAGGGCAACUGCAGGAGCGAUUUAGGUGGUUUGGCCUCCUCUCCGUAUGGCUGAUGGAGUUGCAGAAGUUACAGGAUCUAUUACUACCACAAGUAGAGGAGACGAUCCCCAAGGAGACGAUCCCCAGGGAGACGAUCCCCAGGGAGACGAUCCCCAAGGAGACGAUCCUCAAGGAGACGAUCCCAGAGGGCACGAUCCCCAAGGAGACGAUCCCAGAGGGAACGAUCCCCACAGAAACCUCAACGGAGACGAUCCCCAAGGAGACGAUCCCCACAGAGGCCCCCAAGGAGACGAUCCCAGAGGGAACGAUCCCUAAGGAGACGAUCCCCACAGAGGUAUCCAAGGAGACGAUCCCCAAGGAGACGAUCCCAGAGGGAACGACCCCCAAGGAGACGAUCCCAGAGGGAACGAUCCCCAAGGAGACGAUCCCCAAGGAGACGAUCCCCAAGGAGACGAUCCCCGAUGAAUCUAAGAGGAAGAAAAAUGCGGAGGAUCAAAGAUUUGAAGAACUCGUCACUCUUCUUAUGGAUGAGGAUAUGCAACGAAUAGACAACUUAGAGGAAAGUCUUAAUCAUCUAAAAAAAGAAGUUAAUGGUGUUAAGGCAGAUUGUAUCUCUCUUGCACUGAUGUUAGGAGAGGAUCUAAUAAAGCAAGAAGUAGAUUUUAUGGGGAAGGCCCUCCUUGAUGCAGAGGCGGAGGCUGCAGGGGCCCCUAACUAA